GCGGCCCCAGCCCAGAGCGCAGCCGGCGGCCGCAGGGAGAACAAGCGGGGUGUACGGGGAUCAUGGGGGAGAGCGCGCUGGACCCGGGACUGGCCCACGGAGCGCCUGCGGGGGGCCCAGUGCACGCCGUGACGGUGGUGACCCUGCUGGAGAAGCUGGCUACCAUGGUGGAGGCGCUGCGGGAGCGGCAGGGGGGCCUGGCGCAAAGACAGGGCGGCCUGGCUGGCUCGGUGCGCCGAAUCCAGAGCGGCCUGGGCGCGCUGAGCCGCAGCCACGACACCACGAGCAACACGCUGGCGCAGCUGCUGGCCAAGACGGAGCGCGUGGGCUCGCACGCCGAUGCGGCUCAGGAGCGCGCCGUGCGCCGCGCCGCCCAGGUACAGCGGCUGGAAGCCAACCACGGGCUGCUGGUGGCGCGCGGGAAGCUCCACGUCUUGCUCUUCAAGGAGGAGGCUGAAAUCCCAGCCAGAGCCUUCCAGAAGGCGCCGGAGGUCUUAGGGCCAGUGGACCAGUCCGAGCCCAGUCCAGAGCAGCCGGAGGCGGAAGUUGGGGAGAGCUCGGACGAGGAGCCAGUGGAGUCCAGGGCGCGGCGGCUGCGGCGCACUGGGUUGGAGAAGGUCCAGAGCCUGCGAAGGGCCCUUUCAGGCCGCAAAGGCCCUGCCCCACCAACGCCCACACCUAUCAAGCCACCCCGCCUUGGGGCUGGCCGGAGCGCUGAUGGCCAGCCAGAAGAAGCCAGGCCUGCGCUGGAGUCCAACCUGGAGCCAGAACCCCCUCCAGACACCGAGGAAGAUCCCGGGAGACCUGGGGCCUCCGACUUGGCUGUGCUCCAAAUAGAGAGUGCGGCCUGAUGGCUGGUGCUGCUUCUCUCCCCUGUGCCUAUGCCUAGUCCCAAAAUAAAUCUUCCUCCCAGAAUUCAACAUUCACGCCCAAAUAAGGAGUGAAUCCUGCACCCACAGCCCAGCUCUGGCCCUCCCUUCUGGGUUCCUUCAGCAUAGCACCCUAUGUCCUAGGAGCAGCCGCUCACACGUGCUUGCACUCACCAUCAAUAAUAAAAGUAAUGCCACCUAAUCCAGAUUCCAUGUGAAGGGGUGUGUGGGUGGGGUGGGGGGAAAGGCAGUGCAAGGAAUAGGACAAAUGUUGGAACCAGGAAUGUGGCUUCAAUUUCAAACAGACCAUUGUAUGAUUUCUCGUUUCCAUGGAAUCCUGGGCUCCACUCCAGUGGCCCAUAGAAAUAUCCUGCUGGCUGCUUCCUCUUUAAGUGCUUUCCUCAUGGGGAAGCCUCCGUCCAGUACAGUCCCUUGCUGUAUGUACUCAACAAAUGUCAACUAGUGGUUUUCCUCUUAGUCUCGUCUUCCUCUACCUCUAAAAAGUUGGGUUUUCCAGGAUUCUGUUCUCAGCCCUCUUCUCAUUCUGGAUACUCCUGUUAACAUUCACUCCCAGGCCUCUCCUACCAGCCACAGAUACCCCAGACCACUGUCUUCAGCUGCAGUUGAAAAGUACUGCAAACUCAGUGUGUCCAAAAGAAGCAGUCUAUUUUCUACCUUUUUGUUAAAUUCUAUUUCAAUUCUACAGCUAUGUAUUGAACACUUACUAUGUAUCAUUCAAAAUUCCUCCUC